ACAGUGGACCAUAGCAGUUUAGAAGAUCAUAAUCAGAGACUACACUCCAAGCAGCUCUUGUCUAACAGCGUGCUUAGUGGCGGCAGGUUUUUGGUGAGGGACUGAAACUCUUUCAUGUUCAAAGUCUCCAGCAUGGCGGGCAGACGGGCUCUGAAGGCCGUGCUCAUUGACCUGAGUGGAACUCUGCAUAUAGAAGACACAGCGGUGCCCGGGGCGCAGGACGCCCUGAACAGGUUACGGCAGGCGUCUGUUGCUGUAAAGUUUGUGACCAACACAACAAAGGAGAGCAAGAGGAACUUACUGGAACGACUGCAACGUCUCAACUUCGACGUCCAGGAAAAAGAGAUCUUCACUUCUCUGAGUGCAGCGAGGAGUUUGUUAGAGCAGAAGCAACACAGGCCUCUGCUGCUGGUGGAGGACAGCGCACUGGAAGACUUCACUGGUAUUGACACGUCAGAGCCAAACGCUGUCGUCGUGGGACUCGCUCCUGAUCACUUCAACUACCAAACACUCAACAAGGCUUUCAGAAUGAUUCUGGAUGGAGCGCCUCUCAUCGCCAUCCAUAAAGCCCGGUACUACAAACGUAAGGAUGGUUUGGCCCUCGGCCCCGGGCCCUUUGUGACAGGUCUUGAGUACGCAACAGACUGUAAAGCUACUGUGGUGGGAAAACCAGAAGAGACUUUUUUCACACAGGCUCUGUCUGAUUUAGGAUGCAGCCCAGUAGAAGCUGUCAUGAUAGGAGAUGACGCCAGAGAUGAUGUGGGCGGGGCUCAGAACACAGGAAUGUUGGGAAUUUUAGUCAGAACUGGUAAAUACAGAGAAGGAGAUGAGAAUAAGAUCAACCCUCCUCCCCACCUGACAUGUGACAGUUUCCCAGAUGCUGUCGAACACAUCCUGAACAACCUGCUAUAAGUAACAGAAUCUUUCUUUUGCACAGAAAAACACUCUUUCGGUAGUUGUUUUAACACUGGAGGGAAAGAAAUUAUUAAAUUAUUCCCCUCAUCCUAGACAUCCUUAAUUAUUCUACUCAUCCCCUCAGCCUGAAUAAGGAAAAAUAACAAUUCCGUAAUCCUCAUAAGUGUGACUGAUUGAUCUGUAAUCAAAACGUCCAUUUGAUGUAAGACUUCUCUCUCCAAAAUGUUUAAAAGUAAUAGCAUGCAUUUCAAAAGUACCAACCAUCUGUUGCACAUGAUAACAAACGUUUUGUCAUUAUAUCAUAAUGUAUAAAGUUUGAAUUUAAAAAAAUGCAGCUGGUAACUGUUGUUUAUUAUUUCAUUGUACUUAUGAUCAUUGAACAGAUAAACAAAAAGACUGCUUUAAAAAACAGUAGCACUGGCUCAGAAUAUCAAAGCUUUCAGGUACUUGUUUAGGAGGGUUGUAUUUGCACAUUAUUUCAGUAUUUUAUUUAUGUUUUUCUUCCCCAAAGUUCACUUGAGGGCCAAAAACAAUGCUCAUGUUAAAAUGUGCACCUUUGUGUCAGACAGACUCGUACUCUCUCUCCCAGGCUGUGUAUCUGUCCAUCAGGUUUCGUGCCGAGGGUUUGGUGUGCGCGAGGACUUCCAGGAAGUCAGCUGUGGUCACAGUUUCCAGCUGGAUGGCAGGCAUGUCAUCGUCUCCUGUGAAGGAGAAUCCCAGUGAGGGGAUUUUUGUGCGGUUAUAGCACUAGACCUCUGUGUGUGAGUGUGUGUGUUGUCCUACCGUCCUGAUGUGACUCCAGAGCAUCAAAGAUCUUGCGGACUGGUCUCAUGGCAGCCUCCUUACACACCAGUGUUAUAUCAGAGCCAGAGUAACCCUCCAUCUCCUGAAACACACACACAAACAGGCAGAUAAGGCCUAGCUGAUGGGCACUGUGUUGUGAUCGUUGCUACUGAGAAGAGCUAACAGAGUACAAACAUGCAUGACAGGCAGUGCAUGAGUUAACACAUUAUUUUUCCCAAACAGCAAAACUCAUUUUUAUUUAAUCCCAAACAUGGCAGUUAUUAAUAUAUACAUGGCACAAGAAAAUGUGCCAUAGAUAACUGAUUAAACUUUUGUUACAAGUCUUACUGUAACACACCUUCGCCAGCGUUUCAUAGUCCAGCUCAGUUCGUAGCUCCACCCCUCCUGUGGAGCUAAGAGGGGGCAGCCAGUGAGAGAUCAUGGCCUGGCGAGCUGGCGAAGUGGGAAGACUGACUAGAAUCCUCUUCUCUAACCUCCUCAGCAUGGCAUGGUCCAGUUCCCUGAGAACAGGAACAGUUCAAAUCUGUGCACAGCAGUUCAUUUCUCGUUCACUUAGAGUCCCGAAUUAUUCAGAUUUUUCCUCUAUGCAAUUUCAUUGUUGACAUGUAAAAUGUUGUCCCUUGCUUUUGUGGCAUUCGGUAAAAUAAUGCAUUUAGUUCCUCUUGUGUAUUGUUUGUUUGUUUUUCAUUACAUAAGAUAAAAUACAGUUGGUGUGUGUUUAUGCCGUUACCAAGGCAGGUUGGAGGCAGCCAGUACAAACACCAGGUCCUCUGAUCUCGCCAGUCCGUCCAUCUGAACCAGCAGCUCAGUCUUCAUCCUGCGACUCCCCUCAUGCUCUCCCCUGAAAACAGUCUGCUGUCACAUCAAGUUUUUAUUCACCACCACACUGCUCGUGACAUGAGUAAAUAGUAACUAUAGGGUUGAGCUGGUCAGUCUCUGUACAGUGUUCUGCCCGUUGGUUUUCAUAGUUUAAUAAAGAGCUUCAUAAUUAGGCUAAAGUGA